UGCAAGCUACAGCAAUCUGGUUUUAACUUGCAGCGCACUAGCUAUUAUCUUUUAAAAAUGUACAUAGUAGAUUUAUAAAAUUAAUAGAAAUUGGGUUACUAAUUUAAAAAUCCAAUACUAUAAAAUAAUUGACAAAAGGCAAAUGUUUGGUAAUUCUAGCAGAGUCUGCUCCAACUGGAUGGCAUAGAACUAGGUUUAACAGGUACACAAGACUAAGGCCUUCCAGGUAGAUCAGCAGGAUGUCUUUAAGAAACUAGGAUCUACAAAGUGUCCUUAUUACCCUCCUGUCAAAUCAUCAAAUAUGUUACCCAAAGAGCAUAAUAGUGAGGGCAAAGCAGUCAAAUCCACCAAGAAUGAGCCGAAGGUCGAAGCUGCCAAAAUAGAAGAGAAGCCUAUGGGUAGUUAUGUUGACCCACCAGAUGGAGGAUGGGGCUGGAUGGUAGUUCUGCACUGCUUUCUGGUCAACAUGCUGGUGAUGGGGACUUUGAAGACUUUUGGCAUCUUCUUUGUGGUGCUGCAGGAUGACUUCGGUGGCUCAUCCGAGAGCAUCAGCUGGAUCGGCUCCAUCAUGUCCAGCAUCAGGCUCUCAGGAGGUCCUCUGGCCUCUGUAGCCUGUGCUAAGCUGGGGAACAGAGUGACCUCCAUUGGGGGAGCAAUUCUGGUUACUGCAGGCUUUCUCAUCAGCAUCUUUGCUACCAGCAUCAUGUACCUGUACAUCAGCAUGGGGCUGGUGGUGGGUCUUGGCUUUGCACUCCUGUACCAAGCCUCCUCUGUUGUAACUGCCACCUAUUUCCGAAAGAGGUUAGCAACGGCAUACUCCAUUGGCCGCUCUGGCAUGGGUUUGACCUUCGCUCUAGCCCCCUUUACCCAGCUGCUCCUGGAUCUGUAUGCAUGGCAAGGAGCUCUGUUGAUUUUGGGUGGUCUGAUGUUGAACUUGGUGGCCUCUGGAAUGCUGCUACGACCCAUCUAUGUAUGGCCUCCUGCCUGCCCUAAGCCUUCCUCACCCAGCAAAGAUCUGCCUCUUCAGACAGAAAAGGAACCUUUUGAAAACAGUCGAAAUGUCGCUGCAUCCAUGUCUAAUGGCAUUUCUAAGGAUACACUCAUCAUCGAGAACUCAUCCACUGAGCAGAAAAGCCUUAAGGAUGUGGAACUAACAAACUUGGUUAAAAAUGGUGUGAAUGAUUUGGACAAUUGCCAAGUACAGGUUUAUCUGGAAAGAAGUAACAAAUCAGCUAUGGAUUUGAAAUUGCUAGAAAAGACCAGCAUAUGUAAAGUUUUGGACUACUCUCUUUUAAAGAAUCCUUUCUUUUGCAUCUAUACCUGGUCCCUCGUCUUUAGUCAGCUUGCCUACUUUAUCCCCUACUUUCACCUGUCAGCGCGAGCCAGGACUUUGGACAUUGAUGCCAUGGAUGCAUCAUUCAUUAUAUCUGUGGCAGGUAUCACAGAAACCAUGGCUCAGCUUGCCUCUGGCUGGGUGACAGACAGAAACCUGGUGCAUAAAUAUCACUACCACAAGACCUAUCUGAUCCUGUGUGGUAUUGUCAACCUGCUUUCUCCUCUCGCCACCACCUACAUCCAACUCAUGAUCUAUGCUGUGUUCUUUGCAGUCUUCUGUGGAGGGUACAUGGCACUGCUGCUGCCUGUCCUGGUUGACUUGGUUGGGGCUGAAAAUGUGAACAACUCCAUGGGGUUUUCUAUGUUCUUUGUGGGGCUUGGAUGUCUAACAGGUCCUCCUUUGGCAGGUUUUUUGUACGACUACACUCAAACCUACGACUGCUCUUUUUACCUGGCUGGUGUGUGUUACCUGCUCUCAUCAGUCUCUCUCUUCCUGGAACCUCUGGCUCAGCGCUGGCAGACCAGAAAGGAGCAGCAGGAGCUGCAUAAUAAAGAGCUGGUGAAGAGCAAUGGCUGCUUCUACUCGGCACCUCAGAGAAAUGGUGUGGUGUAAAUUAAGGAACGAUUAAACAUGUUUCAUUUUUCCGGAGUGGAUUAGUGGACCUGACCCUAGCAUUGGGGUGGACCAGAGUAGCGUGGACUUCUGAGGGGAGAACAAUCAUUAAAAUGGUACAGAGAGUAUGACCAACAUGCUUAAUGCUUGACAAAACCAUGCUGGAUGCUGGAGUUCUUUCCAGAAAACAUGAAUAUAGAUUUAUUUUGUAAUUUCCAGUAACAAAAAUGAACUUUAAGCUACUGAAAGUUGUAAAGUUUCCAUGCAGGAUAUUCGUCUCAUCAGGCAGAUUGUCACUUUUUAGAUGACCAUUAUUUCUCCACUUCAUGUUUUCAGAAAAGUUGGGACAUUUCAUAAAGUGCAAUAAAAACACAAAUCUGUGAUUUGUUCAUUCUCUUAUACCUUUGUUUAACUGACAAAUGUAUAAAGAAAUUAAUUGUAAUGUUUGGCUGACCAACUUGAUUGUAUUUUAUAAAUACAAACACAUUUUAAAUUUGAUGGGAGAGGUUUUUAGAAUAACUACUUUGUGCCAAACUUUGGGAGAAAAUUGACAAGCAGUUAAAAAAAUUACCAUGCAUGAUAUUGUAUAAAUGUAAUCUGGAGAAAUGUAAGUUUGUGUAGGGCAAAACCGGAAACCACUGUUAAAUAUGCAUGACCGUCUAACAUUGCAGACAGCAUUGCAUUGAAAAGCAUCAUGCAACUGUAAUCAAUGUAAUCACAUAAGCUCAAGAGAUCUUCGGUAAACCACCUUCACUUAACAGUUUGAUACUGUAUCAAGAAAUGCAACCUGAAACUCAUAUUACACAAAUACAUCGUCUAUGCAAAAAAAAAAAAACAUUGUAUUCUCCAUGCCAUAGGCAAAAGGGACCAUUUAGACUGUUAUCAGCAAAAGGUGAAAAAUCCAUUAUUAUCUGUCAUGUUAUCAUCCAAAUUAUCUGUCAUGGUAUGUAGUGCAUCAAUGUAGGCAUCAAAUUCUAAAUUUGUUUAUAUUUACAAAAUUUGAUUAAGCUGGUUAGUGAAAACCUUGGAAAUCACAGAUUCCAGUUUUUAUUGCAUUUAACAAAAAAUAUGAAUGGGGUUUAUACUGCAUGUGUCGUAUAGCAGGUUAUUAGGUACAUCUACUUUGUACUUACACUUAUAGGUCAUGUAGCAUCAGGUGCACUUACCAUAUGGGUGCACUUUGUACUUGCUUUAGUUCAAGCAAGUAGUACAAGCCUCACAGCUCCAGGAUCCUGGGACCAGUCUUGGACUCUUGACUCUGAUUACUGCCCGAGUGCUGUUUAGCAUAUUCUUUCUGUAAGUACAUCCACCAAGCACUUUAUUGAGAUUUUUUAAAGCUAUACCAACCAUACGAAUACAUUUUUGGGUAUACAGUUGCUUACUGUAGCUUAUCUGUUGCUCUGUGUACUUUAUCACUCCACUGUGCUUCUUUUAACAAUCAAAAGGGACCCCAGUAGAAAGCCUACUGACCAGAUAUUAUUUGGGUGGUGGACCAUUUUCAGCCCUGCAGUGACACAAACAUCACAUGUAGCUGGUCAGUUUACUGGCAUGUUUUGUGGUAUCUCAAUAUUAUUCUUACAUCUGGCCACAAAUGGUACUUCAGAAGGACUUCAGAAGCAUAUUUCAUGAAAAGGCAUUAGGAUCUUUUGAAAGGAAAAAAGUAAAGUGUCAAUAAUUGUUGGUGAAGCCCUGCGAUGGAUUGUGCCCAGUGUUUACAGUGAAACCAGACGUGCUGUGACCCUGACGAGAAUAAAGCGGUUGAUGAAAAUGGCCCAAAAUGGCCAAACACUGCUGUAUGAACCCACAACCUUCUAGUUGGUAACCCACAGCUCCACCCAUUAGGCUAACACUGUCCUUUGAAAGGUGAAAAGCUGUUAGGACUAGGGAGGAGGAGAAAAGCCAUGCGAUGGAUUGGCACCCUGUCCAGGGUAUCCCUGCCUUAUGACCCGGACAAGAAUAAAGUGACUGAUGAAAAUGAAAAUGAUCCAUGGUGUAGCUGCACACUUAAUAACUAAAAAGCCUUUUGGUUCAUUUACUUGUUUAAUAUAGUGAUUGAUUUUAAAUAGUGUGAAUUUUUCAGUUCAAAGUCCUUGAGGGGGCUGGUAAUAAUAAUUUGUGUUCACAUAUUAAAAUGACUAGGUUCAAGUCAAUAUGGGCUUUUCAACAAAUCUAUAAAGUGCUUCCUUUAAUAUCUCAUUUGUAUGUAUCAUCAGUCAGAGCAUCUCUUCUUACAUCUCAUCUUACAAAGACAUGCACUGCACCAGACGGUGAAGCUCUAUGCAAUGUGUCUUCUGCUUAGAGUAAAAGGCUUUGCUCAAAAAUACAGUUUCUCUCAGUCAAAUGUCUACACAGACUUGUAACAGGCACAAAAAAUGUGCUCAAAAGUAUGUGAAAACGCCUUUUAAUGUUUGGGUUUGGGAGUUUUAAAACACACAUUGCCAACAAUAUACAAUCACAUGAAUAUAGGCUUUUAACUUUGUCAGUUUCCUGUUUCACCAUUACUGCACCCCUGUGCAAAGAAUGAAGUCCAUAAAGACAAACCCAUUUAAAUCAGCCUUGGUCUGACAAGUUUUGUGUUUAUGAGCUUUGUGUUUAUCAGGGCCAGUGAUAGCUCAGUGGUUAAGGUACUAGACUAGUAAACAGAAGGUUGCCGGUUCAAGCCCCGCCACCACCAAGUUGCCACUGUUGGGUCCCUGAGCAAGGCCCUUAACCCUCAGUUGCUCAUUGUGUAAGUCGCUUUGGAUAAAAGCGUCUGCUAAAUGCUGAAAAUGUAAAUGUAAAUGAGCUCCAGUAGCCUGCAAAGAGCCUACGGUGACAUUUUGUGUCUGUGUGUUAACUUUUGCCUUUGAAAAAAAACAUUGUUCAAUGCAUUUUGUAAUAGGUACAGUCAAACCCACCCUAUUUAUAUAUGGUUAAAGAGAUGUUACCAGGUUCAGUCAGUCAUAAUUAUCUACAAGUACUUGAUACUUUUGAAAUCCAUAAUGGAUUCAUGAAAGUUUUUAUAAACAAACCCCCCACCACCACCACCAUUCAAUUCAUGUUUUUUUUGUGUUUACUUAUAGAAAAAAAUGCGAAACUCAUUGACCUCUUGAGACUGCCACAUGUUUGUACAAGUGUAUGUAAACUUUUGACUUGAACUGAACAUGCUCGACUGACCUAAAUUCCAAGACUAAUGCUAAUUGUCAUAAUCUCUUUUUUAAAUGUUUUUAAAUAUUCUGUUGGUAAAUGUACUUGGGUCACUGUUUCUCUGGUUCUUAUAUGUAGAUUAAUUUUCAGCAGUUGCUGCCAAACACUGACGUAGCUGCUUUAUAGCUGCUAGGAGUGAAAAUCCUUUAAGGGGUCUAGAAGAUUAAGAGCAUUGUACUUGCUGAUUGUUGAAACUACAGUGUCUAGCCUAUAUUUGAGUCUUAUUGCAAACUGAAAUUUGUAUGGAACUUGUACUGUUUAUCACCAAUAUUGCCUUGUAUGUGUGCUGUACUGUUCUGUGAUAUAAGCCAAAGAUGCAAAACUAAAUAUUUUUUUGCAUUUUA